AUGAGAGAGUUGAUGAUACAAACAGGACAACAAGCCCACACUGCCUUCAAAAUGUGGCCCUCGUUAGUCAUCGGCUCCAUACUACGUGACUUGGAGGAUUCUGAAGAAUUCUUCAAUACCAUAACAGCUGACUUGCCCAUAGAAAUUAAGAUGUCUUCAUUAUUUACAUAUGAGACCCACAGGGUUCUUGAUCCUACUCAAGCUAUGCUUUAUCUUGAACAGAUCGGUCUGUGGAAGAGCAUGGGGCACCCCGUGGUCGAUAUGGAUUCUACCACAUCAACAUGGAUCAAGAAGGGAACCUUUUACAAACGACAUAACAAAUGGCCCGAUCUCACAUACAGUGAUCAUAUGAAUCCCCAUAUAUUAGAGUGCAUUCUGGAAAACAAGUGGGGAGACACAACCUCAUUAAAGUGGAAUCCAAUCGAUUUCCAGCAUAUCCAAUUAGAAAAGAACUUUGAAUUUAAUUAUCAAAUCGAUACAAUCGACAUUAUUUCUGAUAAAGCCAUCAUACCAAGUGCCUCAGAGUGGAUUUACGAAUAUGACACGAAGGCAUUAAAAACCAGAAGUUUGGCUAGAGGCAUUCAAGUAUGCGACAAAAACAAACAUAUCGAGCAUGAUAAAAUUGGUGAUAAUGAAUCAGUCGUCGAUGACUUGUUACAAGAAUCUGAUAUUUUAGAAGAACCUCUACGAAGUGAUUCAAAUGUGAAAGAUCAGUGGUGA